CCGCUCAACGAUCAGUUGGACGACAGCCAGUUGGCGGCCGUUGCGUUUUGCCACACGAACCACCGACCCGUUGCGUUGAUUCACGGUCCACCCGGAACUGGAAAAACAACGACAGUCGUUGAACUCAUCCAACAGGCCGUCCACACGUUUCACAAGAAAGUGCUAGUGGCCGCCCCCAGCAACGUGGCGGUGGACAACGUGUUGGCCAAACUCGUCGCCAAGCCGAAAUUGCGUGUGGUACGUUUGGGUCAUCCGGCUCGGUUGCAGGCCAACAUUCUGCCCUACAGUCUCGAAGCCUUGGUCCAAGCGUCGGAUGCCACCGAGAUUGUGGCUGACGUUCGCCAGGAGCUGCAAAACUUUCUACGCAUUGCUUCGAAUUCCAAAGCACGCUACAGUGACAAGCGUGUCGCCUACCGCGAGAUCAAAGCCCUGCGGAAAGAAGUCCGGGUCCGGGAAGAAAAGGUGGUCGCCUCGCUGUUGCAGCAUGCGCAUGUGGUACUGACAACGUGCGUCGGAGCAGCGAAUAAGCUAUUGAAUGACGUGGACUUUGACUUGGUCGUCAUUGAUGAAGCGGCACAGGCCCUGGAGGCGGCUUGUUGGAUUCCUGCCUUGCGCGGGAGAAAGCUCGUGCUAGCCGGGGAUCACUGGCAAUUGCCGCCCACGAUCAAAAGCAGCCGUCGUGUUGUUCAACAAGGCUUGGGAAAGACCAUGUUUGCGCGUGCCAUGGAAUUGUAUGGCGAUGACGAUUCGCAGAGAGAACUGGGUCGAGUGUCACGAAUGCUUCGUGUACAGUACCGCAUGCACAAACUGAUCGCGGACUGGGCCAGUCAGGCGCUGUACGGUGGUGCCCUUCAAACGGCAACAAACGUCCAAAGUCGCACGCUAGCGCAACUAACCGGAUGCUUGGAUGAAGAGGAAGACUGUUUUGGCGCAGCGUCCAAUGCUGCACUUCUUCUAAUUGAUACUACUGGCUGCAAUAUGCACGAGUCAGUAAACGCUGCCGGUUCACGAUUCAACGAAGGAGAAGCGCAGAUUGUUCGCCAACACGUACAAACACUGCUGGACAUGGGCGUACGACAAGAGCAAAUAGCCAUUAUUUCGCCGUACAAUGGGCAAGUGGAGCUGUUGCGAUCCGCACUAUUGCCGGAUGCUCCGCACUUGGAAAUUCGGAGCGUCGACGGCUUUCAGGGUGGAGAACGGGAAGCUGUUGUUUUGAGCCUGGUUCGCAGCAGUGCACGAGGUGGAGUUGAUGGAAUUGGGUUUCUCGGAGACAAUCGCCGCUUAAACGUUGCAGUGACUAGGGCGAAACGCCAUUGCUGCGUUGUUUGUGAUUCCGGAACCGUUUCGAAAAGUCCCUUUAUCAGGGGUCUUGUCGAUUGGAUUGAAGAGCACGGUGAAACUCGAGCAGCUCUUGAGUUU